AUGUCUCUUGCGGCCGGACCAGGUCGCGGCGGGCGCCCACAGCACGGCCAGCGCUCUGACAGCGGGCAAGAUUUGGUCAUUGACAAGCACGUGGCAUAUAUCCAGAGGCUUGAUACUCGUCGCGAUGAAUUGGAGUAUCACUUGACAGAACAUCUUCGCGUCAAUGGUAUAUACUGGGGCUUGACAGCACUCCAUCUAUUGGGUCACCCGGACGCCCUGCCUCGCGCCGGCGUCAUCGACUAUCUUCUCGAAUCUCUUCAUGAUAACGGCGGCUUCGGUGCAGCUCCAGGGCAUGAUGCGCACAUGCUUUCGACAGUCUCCGCAGUGCAAAUCUUAGCUACAAUAGAUGGCUUCGACGAAUUGGAGUCGCGUGUACCUGACGGCAAGAAGAAAAUUGCUUUGUACAUUUCAGGUCUUCAACAAUCCAAUGGUACCUUCGCUGGAGACGAAUGGGGCGAGACUGAUACGAGAUUCCUCUAUGGCGCGCUGAACGCUUUGUCGUUACUGAACAUGCUUCCCUCGCAGCGUCUGCAAGAACCUCCGCUUAUUGAUGUGAAGUCGGCCAUAGAUUACGUCAAAGCAUGUCAGAACUUCGAUGGCGGCUUCGGCGUCUCGCCCGGAGAUGAAUCUCAUUCUGGCCAGGUCUUCACCUGUCUCGGUGCGCUGACCAUCACGGGAGAGCUGGAUUCGUUCCUCGGCGAGGAAGGUAAGGAUCGUUUAGGUGCCUGGCUGAGCGAACGUCAACAGCCGAGCGGCGGGCUCAAUGGCCGCCCGGAGAAGCUCGUUGAUGUGUGUUAUAGUUGGUGGGUCAUGACCAGUAUGGCGAUGAUCGGGCGACUGCAUUGGGUCGACAAGAGGAAACUUACCGACUUCAUUCUGCAAUGCCAAGACCCUGAGGAGGGUGGUCUCGCAGAUCGACCUGGUGAUAUGGUGGACGUGUUCCAUACGGUCUUUGGUAUCGCCGGCCUGAGUCUUCUCGGCCAUCCUGGUGUUGCGGAAGUUGAUCCUGCCUACUGUAUGCCCAAGUCUGUCACCGACAAGUACCUUGGCCGACACGAGACGUCAUAA